AUGGCCCCCGGUGAUACAGAGAAAGAAGCAGAUUCCCUAGCAGCUAAAGUAUUAAAGCUGAAGCUGUGGGACGACAAUGCGGGGGGAAGAUGGAAAAAGAGUGUGAUGGAUAUCGGCGGUGAGGUCCUAUGCGUGUCCCAAUUUACCCUACUUGCCUCUACUAAGAAGGGCAAUAAGCCUGACUUCCACGGAGCGAUGGGAGGGGAGGAGGCCAAAAGGCUUUACGACUACUUUUUCGAAAAAGUCCAACAAGGCUACUCAGCUGAUAAGGUAAAGAACGGAGUGUUUCAAGCCAUGAUGGAAGUUGCUUUAGUGAACGAUGGCCCUGUCACGCUGGAGCUAUCAGCUGGUCAAAAACCAACACCUGCGCCGACACCAACACCAACACCAACGCCUGCGCUAAAUCAACAAUAA